AUGCUCGGCAUGGCUUACCAAUUCUUCUCCAAGAACUCGCCGAGAGACACUCGGCCGUUGCCUGCACCGCGACCGGUGCUACCUCCUAUUCACCCACCACCCGUCGAACCGCCUCAAUCGGUACAAUCACCCCAGGUCAAACCCGCCAGCGAGGAGUCCUUCGAGCCAUAUCCGUAUCCAUUGCCGACUGCCUACGCGACUCCAUACCCCCAGAUCACCAUCGAGCCCAUUAGCACCGCGCAUCUGCCCUCGCUGACGCGUACCAUCACCCUACUCCUCCCCAUCCGCUAUCCAAACUCGUUCUACACGACCACCAUCACCGACCCGAUCAUCUCAUCCCUCUCACGCGUCGCCAUUUACCACAACCACCCCGCUCCUGCUUCAAACCCAGCGUCGGGCGCUCCUGCCAGUCGUGACCAAUUGGUCGGGGGUAUCCGGUGCCGGCUGGAGAAAGCCCCCACGCCUAAAGAACAGGACGCGCCGCAAUCGUCCCAGGCCCGAGAGCCGGCGAACCUCUACAUUCAAACGCUGCACCUGCUCUCCCCCUACCGCGGAAGAGGUGUCGCCACCUCGCUGCUCGAUGGGCUUCUUUUCUCCUCGCCUCCUGGGUGCAAGCCGCGAACCCAUGUCUCUAGACUAGUCAAGCACUACAACAUCCGCUCUGUGUCGGCGCAUGUCCACGAAGCCAAUGAAGAGGCCUUGCAAUGGUAUGCUUCUCGUGGGUUCUGCGUGGAAGAAGGCGUCGUCGAGGGAUACUACCGCAAGCUGAAGCCGUCGGGAGCGAAAGUCGUACGGAUGGAUGUCCACUGGCACGAUGAUGAUGAACAAUCUGCCCUUUUACUGAACGGCAUUAUCCCUCAGAGCCCGGCUCGCAGUAUUUCGAAGAAAGAUGACGGCAACAACGACGAUGACGAUUGGGAGAAGGUUGAAGCGGAAGAUGGAGAGGAGGACGACCAUGGGGUCCGGCCAUUGUCCGAGUCCCACGUCCCGGAGAACGAGGAAACGCUGCCGAAAAAGCGAAAGGCAGACGAACACAAUGACCCCCGUCCGCAGCAGAAGUAA